AUGGGGCUCCUCACUGCCCCCCCGGCCUGCUCACACCUGCAGGGGCUCCUCACUGACCCCCGACCUGCUCUCACCACAGGGCUCCUCCUGCACCCCACACUCACAGGGGCUCUCACUGACCCCCGACCUGCUCACACCACGGGGGUCUUCACUGCCUCCCGACCUGCUCACACGGGGCUCCUCACUGCACCCCCGACCUGCCCACCACGGGGCUGCUCACUGACCCCCGACCUGCUCACACCGUGCUCACACUGCACCUGCUCUCACCACAGGCUCUCACUGACCCCGACCUGCUCACACCACGGGGCUCCUCACUGGCCCCCGACCUGCUCACACCACGGGGCUCCUCACUGCACCCCCAGACCUGCUCCACCACAGGGCUCCUCAGUGCCCCCCGACUUGCCACCAUGGGGCUCCUCACUGCCCCCGACCUGCUCACACCACAGGGCUCCUCCUGCACCCUGA